UGAUCUGCGUGUCGCUCCUCCUCGCUCUGACUGCCCGGUCGGAGGCCAUGCCAAAAGCAGGUGCUGACCAGAAGUGCAAGUCGGGCCCUGUGGACUUGGUGUUCAUCAUUGACAGCUCGCGGAGCGUGCGGCCCCACGAGUUCGAGACCAUGCGCAAGUUCAUGAUCAACAUCAUCCACACGCUGGACGUGGGGCUGGACGCCACGCGGGUGGGAGUGGUGCAGUACUCCAGCCAGGUCCAGAACGUCUUCUCCCUCAAGAGUUUCAGCAAGAUGGAGGACAUGGUGAAGGGCAUCAACGAGAUCAUCCCGCUGGCGCAGGGCACCAUGACGGGCCUGGCCAUCAAGUACGCCAUGAACGUGGCCUUCUCUGCCGAGGAGGGCGCCCGGCCCAAGGUCCCCCACGUGGCGGUGAUCGUGACGGACGGGCGGCCGCAGGACCGCGUGGCGGAGGUGGCGGCGGCGGCCCGGGAGAAGGGGAUCGAGAUCUACGCCGUGGGCGUGGCCAGGGCUGACAUGAACUCCCUGCGCGCCAUGGCUUCCCCACCCCUUGAGGACCACGUCUUCUUGGUCGAGUCUUUCGACCUCAUCCACCAGUUUGGCCUGCAGUUCCAGGACAAGCUCUGUGCCAUUGAUCUCUGUGCUGAGGGGAAGCACGACUGCCAGCAGAUCUGUAUCAGCUCCCCAGGGUCCUACACAUGUGACUGCCAGGAGGGCUACACGCUCAACGAGGACAAGAAGACCUGCACCGUGAUCAACUACUGUUCGUUUGGGAAUCACAGCUGUCAACAUGAGUGUGUCAGUGUCCUGAACGGCUAUUUUUGCCGCUGUAAUGAAGGAUAUACCCUGCAGGAGGACGGGAAGACCUGCCAGCAGGAUGACCUGUGCAACACAGUGGAGCACGGUUGUGAGUACCAGUGCGUGAGCACCCCCGGCUCCUAUUACUGUAUCUGCCCCGAGGGCCAGCUGCUGAAGGAGGACGGCAAGAGCUGCGGCACGUGUAGAUCUGCCAACAUUGACCUUGUGCUGCUGAUCGACGGGUCCAAGAGCGUGCGCCCCCAGAACUUUGAGCUCGUGAAGCAGUUUGUGAACCAGGUGGUGGACUCCCUGGACGUGUCGGCUCACGGCACCCGGGUGGGGCUGGUCCAGUACUCCAGCCGGGUCCGGACGGAGUUCCCCCUCAGCCUCUACCAGAGCGCCGAGGACAUCAAGAACGCCGUGAUGAAGGUGGAGUACAUGGAGAAGGGCACCAUGACAGGCCUGGCCCUCAAGCACAUGGUGGAGAAUAGCUUCUCGGAGGCCGAGGGCGCCCGGCCGGCCAGCAGGAACAUCCCCCGGGUCGGCCUGGUCUUCACUGACGGACGCUCUCAGGAUGACAUCACCGAGUGGGCGAAAAAAGCCAAGGAUGCUGGUAUCACAAUGUAUGCGGUGGGCGUUGGGAAGGCAGUGGAGGAUGAGCUCCGCGAGAUCGCUUCAGAGCCGCUGGACAAACAUUUCUUCUACACGACUGACUUCACUGCCAUCAACCAGAUCGCAGAGAACCUGAAGCUAAAUGUCUGUGCAGAGGAGAGCCAGGGCGAGAUUGAGGUGAAGGACCCAUGUGCCUGUGAGAGCUUGGUUGAGUUCCAGCAGGCCACCAUGACAACUCUGGACCAGCUGACACAGAAACUGUCUGUGAUGACCGCCCGCCUGGAGGACCUGGAGAAUCAGCUGCUUUCCCGGAAGUGA